GUUACCGUUUGCCCUCUCUGGAGUUAGACCGGCCCGCAGUGGAAGAGGAUGGACCCUCCGGUCGUAGACCAAGACAGCAGGCAGCAGGCUGCCGCGUUUAAAGCUUUCUUAAUGAAAAGCAGCCCGAAGAGCAACUCAAAUCUCUAUGACCACCUUACCCACCUGCUGACAAAGGUGAUGAAUGAGCGUCCAGAUAACGUGGUGGAUGUGUUUGAGGAAAUGAGUCUGAAUGUGAAGCUGGGUUUAUUUCAAGACAUGCAGAGUACCUUGCGAGACCUUCCACAAACUUCAGCUGCUGAGAUGUUGGCUGAGCAGCAACGUCUACUGUUUUCUCGGCCAGAAGUAGACCAGGAGGAUGAAAUGAUAGAGUCAGCUCUUCCUAAUCUCAAUGAGAUUAGCUUCUACCUGGAACAAGCUGGGGUUGGUCUGGGCAGAGAAGAGAUGCAGAGGAUCUUUCUUGCAGUCAAACAUCUUGUAGAGUCACAAGGCCUGCCACGAUGUCGACUAUGGGGCAAGAUUUUGGGAAUAGAGAGCAACUACAUUGUUGCUGAAGCUGAAUACAGAGAAGGAGAUGAAGAGUAUGAACAGACCACAGAAGAAAUACUUGCGGAAGAGGACAAGGAGGGUGAUGCUUGGGAGAAUGAGGGAAAUGAGAUGGACCCCCUUUCCAAGUCAAUCUAUAAACCCCCCCCUCUGGCACCAAAAGAGGCCAUAGGAACAGGUACCAACAAGUUUGUGUACUAUGUAUGCAAAGAGCCUGGUCUUCCUUGGGUAAAGCUUCCUUCAGUGAGUCCAGUUCAGAUCACUACAGCUCGAAAGAUUCUUAGAUUCUUCACUGGAAGACUGGACGCACCAGUUGAGAGCUACCCACCUUUUCCUGGGAAUGAAGCCAACUAUCUGAGAGCACAAAUUGCUCGAAUCUCUGCCGGCACACAGGUCAGCCCUAGUGGCUACUACCAGGUUAGGGAGGAAGAAGCUGAUGAGGAAGAUGGGGUUAAUCAGGACAGCUGUGAGGUGAAUCUUGAUUUUGAGGGCCUUCCAGUUGGUGAAAUGAGUGAAUCUUUGUCCACCUGGGUGCAUCAUGUUCAGCACAUCCUGCAGCAGGGUCGCUGCACCUGGGUUAACCUAAAUUUGAAACCCGAGGAUGACUCCAAUGAGGAAGCAGAGGCUGAUGAGAUGAAAGAGGAGCCUGAUGAGCCGGAACCAGAAGUUGGACCCCCUCUGCUCACUCCUCUCUCCCAAGAUGCAGAAAUCUUCAACAUUUCUCCCUGGAGCUCCAGGCUGUCCUCCACCCUCAUCCCUCAGCAUGCAGUAGCUGUGUUGCAUUCUAACCUCUGGCCAGGGGCGCAUGCAUAUGCUGUUGAAAAGAAGUUUGAGAACAUAUAUGUAGGAUGGGGUCUGAAGUGUACAUGGGCAGUCUGCAGCCCACCACUGCCCCCACCACCGCAAAAAGAAUAUCACCGUGGACCUGAGAUCACAGAGACCCUGAACCCUUUACUGGACGAGGAGCAAGCAAAUGAAGAAGCUUUGGAGGAGCAGCAAUCUGCCCAGGAGGAGUUGGAGGAAGAGGAGGAGGAAGAGGAAGAAGAAGAUGACGAUUAACAGAAUUUCUAAAGUAUUUUUAUGUCCCUGAACAAAUGUUUGAGUUUAUUCAGCAACAUGCCUAGAUACUGCAUUUUAGAAAGACAAGUAAGUUUAAUAAUAGCCUUCACAAAAUUUAAAAGAACAAAUGUUGGACAAAAAAACAAAAAGAUAUAAACCUGAAAACAUAAAAGAAAAUAAACAUAAAAUGUUUCCAACUUUAAAAGGUGUAAAUGCUUAUUACAAAUUACAUCGGAUAUAGUCAGUCAGUCAUUACAGUAAAUGGUUUUGAUGUCUCUGUUGAACCACCGGAGUGGCUUUGUGGUCAUCUAAGAUAGGUCCUGAGGAGAUCAAGUUGAUCUCAAACAG